ACAUCAAUAACAUUAACUAAAUGUAGAGGAUAAUAAUGUUAUACUCUAUGGAUAAAAACCGUGGUACAAGUGUUGUCGUUUUGGUGUUGUUGGUGUUAGGAUUCUUCACCUUCUCUAUAGCCAAUGCUAAUACUAAUAGAGCUUCUUAUGAUGAUGAAGAUGAGAGCAAGAAAUCAAGUUUUUGGGUAUGGGAGAAAUUUAGAAGAGCUUAUUCUAUGUAUACAUCAAUUUUCCCUACAAGUGUUGGACAGUAUUUGCAUAUGGUUAAGGCUAUUGUAAAUAACAGUUAUGCUUAUUUCUUUCCUCCAAAUAUAGAUUUCAGAAAAGGAGGUGAGGAUCAAGAAGUUUCAGAAGCAUUUUCGAAAAGCAUAGGAAGAAGCAAAGCAACUUUGGAGGAAGUUGCAAAAUCAGCCGCAGAAAAGGUCAAGAGGAGUUUGUCUCAUGAUAGGAAGGAAGAGAAAGAGCUUUGAAUCUAUUUUAAUAAAACUGCUUUAUUUUUUUUUGUUUUGUCUUGUUUUUUGUUUUGUUUUUUUAGUAGAAGUAUUUGUUUAGUGUUUUAUGAAGUGGGUAAUCUUGUGCAAAGCUUCAUAUCACAAGCUAGGAUUAUUCACAACCUUGAAUGAUGAAUGACGAGUAUACUGUAUACACAUUUCUUUCUUAGUUAUGUUUCCUCUUAUUA